CACACACUUGCCCCAGCUAGCUGUAACCGGCUACUAGCUACUGGAGUUGACACCCUCCCCAAACCUCGGCAGCGGCUGAGCUGCACAGUCGACAUGGCAAGGAAAUAUCGCAUUUUCUUAAAAAAAGAUGAACAUCUUCCAAGUCGUUUGGAAUGAUAUUCAUCGUGUGAUGUGACCCCAAAUCCACAAUGUGUGAGGACAUUUAAGAACGAUUGAGUUCUAAAGAAAAAAAUCUUGAUUCCAGUGGAAUCUUUCAUAUAUUAUUAUUAUUAUUCUAUUUUUUUCUGUGUCAUAGUUUAUACACAUUCACACACACACUCGUCCCAUCCACAUAAAAACCGUAAUCAUGCCAGUUCAAGCGCCACAGUGGACAGAGUUCCUGCUAUGCCCCAUCUGCACGCAGACUUUUGAGGAGACUGUUCGGUGGCCCAUCAGUUUGGGUUGCGGACACACUGUCUGUAAGAUGUGCCUGAACAAGUUGCACCGUAAGGCCUGUCCCUUUGACCAGACGGCCAUCAGCACGGACAUCGAGCAGCUACCUGUCAACACGGCCCUCUUGCAAUUGGUGGGAGGCCAGGUUCCUAAGGCUCAGCCAGUUACCUUGAUUACCAGUCCUGAGGACUCUCAGCAUUAUGAGGAGGCCAGGCAGUGUGUGGAGGAGCUGGCCCGCUACCUGAAACCCCUCAGCAACACACGAGGGGUGGGUCUGAGCAGCACGGCUCAAAGCAUGCUGAGCCGACCGAUGCAGAGGAAACUGGUCACUCUGGUCCACUGCCAGUUGGUGGAGGAGGAGGGCCGCGUCAGGGCCAUGAGAGCUGCACGUUCGUUGGGUGAACGAACAGUCACAGAACUCAUUCUGCAGCACCAGAACCCACAGCAGUUGUCCUCCAAUCUGUGGGCUGCUGUACGUGCACGCGGAUGUCAAUUUCUUGGACCAGCGAUGCAAGAGGAGGCUCUGAAACUGGUCCUUCUGGCACUGGAGGAUGGCUCGGCUCUGUCCCGGAAGGUGUUGGUUCUCUUUGUAGUGCAGAGGCUUGAACCUCGCUUCCCCCAGGCCUCAAAGACGAGCAUUGGCCACGUGGUGCAGCUCCUCUAUAGGGCCUCCUGCUUUAAGGUGACCAAACGUGAUGAAGAUUCAUCCCUCAUGCAACUGAAGGAGGAGUUCCGUACUUAUGAAGCUCUGCGGCGUGAGCACGACUCUCAGAUUGUUCAAAUUGCCAUGGAGGGCGGCUUGCGAAUCGCCCCCGAUCAGUGGUCGUCUCUGUUGUAUGGGGAUCAGUCGCACAAGUCGCAUAUGCAGUCCAUCAUAGAUAAGCUGCAGACUCCAGCAUCCUUUGCUCAGAGUGUCCAAGAGCUAACUAUUGCCCUUCAGAGGACUGGAGACCCAGCCAACCUCAACAGGCUGCGGCCUCACCUUGAACUGCUUGCGAACAUUGAUCCCAGUCCUGACGCUCCCCCUCCCACGUGGGAGCAGCUCGAGAAGGGGUUGGUUGCAGUGAAGACUGUAGUGCACGGCCUUGUGGACUUCAUCCAGAACCACAGCAAGAAAGGGGCUGACCCUCAGCAGCCUCCUCAGCACAGCAAGUACAAGACUUACAUGUGUCGUGACAUGAAGCUGAAGGGAGGCUGUCCCCGUGGAGCGAGCUGCACCUUUGCUCACUCUCAGGAAGAACUGGAGAAGUAUCGAAAGAUGAAUAAACGUCUGGCAGCACGCCUCCCUGGUUCAGGAGGGCCAGAUGAUGGCCUUCCCCUUGAUGUAGCAGUGACCAGGAAGCCUUCACCACUCACCAAUGGGAGCGUCGCACCCUCCCUGCCCCAACUCAUCGCACGUGGUGCAGAUACGGUUCCGUAUGAACUUCUGCGGAAGCCCAUCAAGAUGGACGGAGGAAGUGUCCCAGGAUCACCACCAGACCCCCUGGACCCUGUGCCCAAAACUGGUAUGCCUCUGCCACCUCAUGCCAUGGCUCACCCAAGGAUGACUGCAGACCACCUCUCCGGGGUUAAGCAGAUUCCCGUUGUCGCCCGAGGUUCACCUGUUUACCCACAGCCACAGCUCCCUGAGAUGUUUUACUCUGGAACACGCCCCCCGCCCUCUGCGUCACAGUAUGAGACCUCACAAUACCCACCAGGGUAUCCCUACCAACAGCCACCACAGUAUGUCUCUCGGGAUUACAUCCGUAAUCCCCCACCCCCCAGUGAGUCAGGACCCCCUUACCAUGACCCAUACACUGGUUAUGGUCCGCCAGAGCGUCCAUAUCAACCCCCCCACUCUGGUCCUCCCUUUUCCUACCCUCACCCACCACACUAUGACCGAGGGCGCCACGGGACCUACGCUGGCCCGCCACUUCCCCCACAGCCCUACCCAUCUCAAAGGGAAAGUCUUGUCAGGAUGAGCUCUACACCAUUGGAUGUUGCCCCACCGUCAGCCGGACAGGCUAACUCGCUUUACCAUCCAGAGCCUAAUGUACGGGAUAGAUACCCACCAGAUGGCUACUAUGCACCAGGAGGGCAACCUCAGCCCAUGAGGACUUAUGUCAGAGGGCCAUCAUAUAGCGGGUCUCAGCCCAGUUUGGACUAUUUACACCGCCGUCGCCAGGAGCUGCUAUCCCAGCUGGAGGAAAGGAAAGUCAUCUCCCCUCCACCGUUCGCAGCUUCCCCCACUCUCUCCCAUCCCUUUCCCAGUGACUACCCUCCUGAGUUUGGUGAUGAGACCUCCAAGACCAUCAGGAAAUGCAGAGAGCCAGAUUAUGCUGGCCAGUAUUCUCCUUGGUCUUGUGAUACCAUUAGCUCCUACAUUGGCACCAAGGAUGCCAAACCCAAGGAUGUUAUAGUUCCUGGUGCCAUGGAGAUGAUGAAUGUGGAUGCGAAGGUUCUUAGGGAACCAUCACUGGAGGCUCCCCACAGGGGUGCGGAGGUCAAGGAUGAUGACCCCAUUAUUCCGUUUGGUCCUCAACCCACUGUGUCACGCUUCGGUGCCAUCUCCCGCACCUCCAAGACAGGCUACCAGACAACUGGUCCUGUCCAAGCCAUGGCCACCACCCCCCAGAAUGCAAACUCUAAACACAUGGCUAUGCCUGCAGAAUACACAUAUGGAAGUCAUCCAGGAUGGGGUGGAGCCUCUUACCCUUCCCACCAGACGACCUCUUCAUCUCAGGGAUCCUUCACUGAGCGCCCACCCAUGGCAGCCUCGGACAGAGAACAGUUGAAGAUUGAGCUGCAGCAGGUCACCCAGCAGAUCAACCAACAGACGCAGAUGCACAGCAUGGAGGCUGCCAAUAACUCUUUAUUGCUACAGAGAGAAGCUAGUGCCUUGGCAGGCCAGCUCGUGCCCAGUAGCCAAGGCCAGUCAGUCGCUUCUCAGUCGCAGCAACAGCAGCAGCCUAAGUGGCCUGCAGGGGGUGCAAGUGCAGCGACUGUUUCCAGUGAACAGCUAAGCCUGGAGCUCCACCAGGUGGAGAGAGAGAUUGGGAAAAGGACUCGAGAAAUGGCUAUGGAGACCCAAGUAGCCCAUGAGGUCCAGCAGUAUAAGAUGAAACCUGCAGAGAAUGGACAACCAGAGCACAAGACUCAGCUUGAAGAAAUCUCCCUUGCUCUUGGUGAGGUGUCAAACGGCUCUAGUAUUCUGCAAGAAGGUGCAGUGGGCGGGUCCAUGCUGUCGCUGGCAAACAAGACGUCUACGUUGAGCCUGUGUUCUGACACAGUGGUGGCUGGGUCAGAAAUGCAGAAGAACGGAGUUGUCCAUUCCUGCUCUUAAGCAGUGCACACACACACACACACACACACACACACAUGUUGAAAAGCAUGCACAGGCAUACACACACACAUUCUAUUUAGAAGAUGAGCAGUAUCUGCCGUGAUAUUAAUUUUCUUUCUUUUUGUUCUGUGAAUGAGCUUUUUUUAAUGACUUUCCUUGCCUGGAAACCAGGGCAUAUGAUAACAUUUCUUGUGUGUUUUUGUUGUUCCUUCUCUUUUUUUCCUCCCUUUUUGAAAUCUAGAUUUAACAAGGCUCACAUUCAAUAUAUCAGGAAGAGGAAUAGGGUGGUGAUGUUGACAGUGGCGCUGUUACUUUAUUCAGAAGUAUUCAAUUCAUCAUCCCCACUCCAGAUUUCUAAUAAACGGUUAUAGAGGCAAGCAAGACCUAUCACGUUGCAUGCUCAGGAAUAUUGACUGGUGAUGGCACUGGAGGAGACAGCAGCAUGCUCGUUGGUACUCACCCCCAGAAUCCUAAAACAAAGUGGUUGUACAGAUCCAGAUGGUCUGGGAAGGGAAAGCACGUCACCUGCAAGUCAUGUUUGCAACACACUGGCUGCCACAAGAAGCACGAUUUAUUAUUUUUGUAAAUGAAUGCAUUUUUAGGAACUCAUGCUAUGUCUUUUUCAUACCUAACAUCACUAUUAAAUAUUUAAAUGGAAGCAUUCUGUUUUAAAGAUUGCAUCUUCUUGAUAAGGGAAUGACUGCUUCUCAUUGUGGUGACAGGAAAAAUCACAGUACUCGGGGAAAAAAAAGAAAAAGCUGAAUGCACAUCCACAGGCUGGCUGCAUCUUCCUGCAUCAGGGUAAAAGGUGAAAACACCAUGACGCUAGUUGAGCCUUUCCCUCCCAGAGCUUCUCAUCUGGCCACUCACAAAGCCUCCCCAUUGGGAUUAUCUUGCCACUUGUUCGCCUAACUUCUAUGAAGUUGCCUUCUCUUGUGUCUUUUUUUGUUGGAAUUUGUUUUCAUGCUUUACAUUAUGCUUUUGGGGGCCGACUGAAGGCUGUUUGUGUCCUCCUCGCUGUCAGGGAAGUAGUAAAAUCUCCAAGGAAAUGUAAAGCAUUCACAAUAGACAUGAUUCACAGCACAAGUUAAUCAGCACUCACAUGUUCUCCAGUGCUGUCAUCACCAUCACCACUCUUCUCGUGCUCUGUUACAUGUUUACUGCUGACACCCAGCACAAUUUCAAGUCGUAGGAUGAGCCCGUUAAAUGUCGACGCAAAUGUUUUUGUGUCCGUCUGGAUCUCUUAACCACCGCCUCAUGCCCUUUUCAUGCCCCCCCCCCCCCUUUUUUUCCAUUUUAACCACACCUCAAUCCUCUGGCCGAUCUUCUCACCGGCUACAUUUAUUUAGGUACACGGCUCACUUAUACAUACAAGUAUGUAUACAUACAUUAAUAUACUAAAGCACUAUUAACGUGCCACCUCUUAUUCUACUCGCUCAGCAUUUAUAUUAAAUGAUCUCUAUUUUUAGAAUCAGCAAGCUGUUUUUUUUUUAAGUUUUGUUUUUCAUGAUUGAAUUUGUUUUCUGUCCACUGGUUGCCAACACAGACUUUAUCCUUUCCCAGAUGAAGGACUUCUGUGUGCAUUGACGUGUGUUCACUUAAUCUUUUGUGUUCAAACAAAGAUAAGACUAUGCUUCCAAAGAAGACAUGACAAUUCUGUAACUUUGGGGGGCAAAAACGAUGGAGUUAGUGUGUGUGUGCUAGUUUGUAGAAAAUGUACCCUCAGUUUUGUUUUUUUUAAAUUUAUUUACUUUUUUGCCCUCAAAUUGUGCUGUACUGGAUGGAGAUGUUAAGGUAUUAGAAAGGUUUGGGGGGUUUACCAAAUCCCCCUUAGAGGAUAUACAGGAAGUUUACUAAAAAGAUUAGCCUCAGAUCCUCUUAAAUGUUCCUUUACGCUGUCUGAUCACUAAAUAUUAAAUCCUAAUUGGCAUGACUGAGUGACGUCCUAUUCGAAUCUGAUGUUCACCUUUUUGAAAGUUUAUUUUUUUUGGUAUUUUUUGUUCCACUGAAAUGUUAUUGAGCUAGCUGGAUUUAUAGCUUCUCUUUUUCUUUUGGUUUCCACGAUAGUUGAAUGAAUAUUCUGACCUGCAAAGUCUUAAAUCAAGAGUACUCGGGCGACAUUGACAUUGUGUUCCUCCGGAUCUUCAAGUGCUAAACGGUCUGAAUGCAAAGUCUGCCUGACUCAAGAGUUUCAAACACCUUUAGCUUUUGACAACUUGCAUUCAAUGUCAACAUUUGGGGGGCGUCUACUGUGUAGUAAAUGGCAAAAUGCGUUGACUUUAAUCGUGUGUUGCUAUUGUUUCAGAGUGCAACUGCUGCCUACUGCCCCUCAUUGAGAUAACCAGUGAAGGCCCCCCCACCCCACACUUUCUCUUUUGACCACUGAACCCUGUUACUGCUGUUUGAGGCUUGCGUUUUAUUCCCGGCUUUGUGGGCAAAUUCUAAUGGCUUUUUAUAUGAUUACUCCCCUUGUAAAAUAUCUCUUAAAUUAAGGUACCGGUUUGAUUUCAGCAAGAAGAAAAAAGUUUUUAUAUGUAUAUUAUACUCCAUUAAGGAAUGUCUAGAAUUAUCUUCCUCCAAUGUGGAUGUAGCCAUUAUAACGCCAUUUUGACUUUGUAAGAGAAUUCACUGUGUGAAAAUUGGUUUGCAUUUUUGUAUAAUACAAUCUGCUUUUUGUUGUUUUGUUAGUUUGUUUGAUACGAGCAGGAAGUCAAACUGGAAAUUUAAAGAUGAAAAAAAAGUGAACCUGUGAAAUUUGAGGCAACAAAAUGUAACUUAUGUACUACAGUGAUUCCAAGCUGAGGGGGAAAUAUUAAAGGAGAUUAACUCUUGA